UUGCAAAAAUGCAAAUUGGGAUACAAUAUCUAGUUGCAAAUAAAAAACAAUACUACAUAAUAUGUCGGUAAAAUGAGCAAGAAACAAACUUUUGGCAUCUCUAUAAAUAAAAGAGGUUAUAAAACGUUGAGUAAAUAAUUUACUCGUAGAAGAAACCUUCCCUCUUCCCUUGUAUACGUUACACAUUUCCCAUUAUUGCAAGAUCCACAACUUACCAUAUUUACAGUUGGUGGUCCAUUUUUUUUUUUUUUUAUAAAAUUUCAUAUUUCAUAUACUUCCUCCUCUUGCGCCCACACCAUCCUCCUCCUCUUCUUCCUUCCAUCUUUCUUUCUCCCAUUAUCAGAGGAGGAAGAAAGAUAAUAAAUGUGAGACGUACACUACUAAACUCAUUAAGGUGCCACCCAAAAAUUAUUCAUUUUUAAUUAACAGAGGAAGUUGAAGGUUCUUAAUUAUCUUUGUAAUUAAGGCGGUAAUUAAUAAGGGCGGUGAUAUAACAGUGAAUUUGAAGUGGGUGGCACAGAUUUUUAUGGUUAUUGUUAUCAGAUCUGCCAUGGCUAAUUAUACCUCAUUUUUCAUCUUCUUCUUCUUCCUUAUUUCAGGAUCAAUUUUAAGAAUUGAUGGCCUAGGAGUGGGAAUUAACUAUGGGCAAAUAGCCAACAACUUGCCCUCCCCAAGCCGAGUAGCUAUCCUACUACAGUCCAUUCAAGUAAGUCGGGUCAAGCUAUACGAUGCUGACCCGAAUGUCCUUAUGGCCUUCGCUAACUCGAAUGUCCAAUUCACAAUCGGGUUAGGAAGCGAAUACCUGCAAAACAUGACCGACCCGUCUAAGGCCCAAGCUUGGAUACAAACCCAUGUACAACCUUACAUUAGCCAAACCAAAAUUACAUGCAUUGUCGUAGGUAACGAAGUUUUAGGUGGGAGUGACACACAAUUAAUGUCAUAUUUGUUCCCUGCUAUGAAAGGUGUCUAUUCUGCCCUUAAAUCUCUUGGUUUAACUAACCAAGUAACUGUCACAACUGCCCAUUCUACAGCCAUAUUGGCUACUUCUUUCCCUCCGUCUUCCGGGGCGUUUAAACCCGAGUUGGCCCAAUAUCUCCAACCCAUGUUGAAUUUCCAAUCCCAAAUCAACUCCCCGUUUUUCAUCAAUGUAUAUCCGUUUUUCGCCUACAUGGGCAGCCCGAACGAAAUAUCCUUGGAUUAUGUCCUUUUUAGGCCUAACCAGGGUAUGACCGACCCUGUCACAAACCUACAUUACGACAACAUGUUAUAUGCACAACUUGAUUCAAUCUACGCGGCUAUUAAGAAAAUGGGUCAUACCGAUAUUGAGGUCCAAAUAUCAGAAACGGGUUGGCCGUCGAAGGGUGACCCAAAUGAGGUGGGGGCCACAGUCCAAAAUGCAGCAACCUAUAAUGGUAAUUUGCUGCAAAAGAUUGAGAAGCAAGAGGGUACCCCUGGUAGGCCUGAUGUGCCAAUUACAGUAUAUGUUUUUGCUCUUUUCAAUGAGAACUUGAAACCUGGACCUUCUUCUGAAAAAAAUUAUGGACUAUAUUAUCCAAAUGGUAGCCCUGUUUAUAAUAUUGGUUUGCAAAGAAGUUAUCUUCCACAAUUUUACAUUUCUUCUGGUUAUCAUAAGAGAUCAUUAUUGGACUUGUGUAAAUUCACAAUUUUGUCGAGCUUAUUUACGGCGUUAUUCAUAUUUGCUUGAGGAAUGUUCACAUUUCGUUUAUACUAAAUUUGGGGAAGGAGGAUGGAAUUAUUAGAAAGGGGAGGGUACAGUAGAGGAAGGCUACAAUUUCCAAUACAUGUGAAUUAACAAGUGCAGAACAGUUUUUUUUUUUCCCCCUUCUUUUUAUUUGAAGUUCAUCACCAGAUUCAUUGCCCAGAAAGCUUAGAUUAGCAGACAUUAUUUUACUGAAACACUUAAAAUAAGGUCCUUAAUUUUUUUUUUCCUUAAUUAGAAAUGCAGACAUUGCAGGAUUUAUAUUAAUAGUAAUAGUGUCAUUAACAUAUAUUAUAAGCAAAUUAAUUCUCUUGGCAGCCAUCUUAUGACACCAAGCUUACCUUUAGCUUAGAAUCUUACAUCUUUUGAUACUUGUAAUAGUUAAGUUAAUGAGAAAAUUAGUGGUUUUUUUUAUUGUUAAAGUCAAUUUUGUUGUUCUUAUCUGAUCUAAGUUUUCUACUGUAUUUUUAUUUUUUUGGACAUUUUUUGCUAGGGGGAGUUACUUUGUAUAAACAGCUUUUUCUUUGAUUAGUGAGAAAAAAGGAUGCUUUUAUUAGGCAAUUAAGCAGAUAUAAA